AUGCAGCACCCUUCUUCUUUACCUCCUACUGACAUCUUCCCUCUAACUUCAGAAUUUGUUGCGGCUUUGCAAGUUCCCGAAAGCCAUAAUCAUCAUUAUACAUCCAUGGAUUGGGUUAAAGUAAGAGUUCUUGGUAAGGGUUCUUUUGGUGUAGUCUAUCUUGCAGUUCCAACCUUUGGUAAUUUUCCUUGCUUUGCUGUGAAAUCGACAAUAUUGAAACAUUCUUCUUCACUCCAAAAAGAAAGGAGAAUUCUUGAGAAGCUUUCUUGUUUACCAGAGAUUGUGGAAUGUUUAGGAGCGAAUAUAGACUAUGAACAUAGGGUCGGGUUUGUUUACAAUCUAUAUCUCGAAUAUGCAGCUGGAGGAACAUUGCUAGAUGUGAUAAGGAGUGGUGGUAAAUUAUCUGAACCUGAAGUUCAACACUAUACUCGCUUAAUAUUGAAGGGUCUUUGUAGCAUUCAUGAAAAGGGUUAUGUGCAUUGUGAUCUUAAACCAGCCAAUAUUCUUGUUUUCCCGCAAAAAGAUGGGAUAAAUAGUAUUAAAAUAGCAGAUUUUGGAUUAGCAAAAGAGCCUAAUGAAACACUAAAUCCAAACUGUUACAAGUUUAGGUUUAGAGGUACACCUAUUUAUAUGCCGCCAGAAUCUGUUGCGUUUGGUGAGAUUGAUACAGCAUUAGACAUAUGGUCUCUUGGUUGUAUUGUAGUGGAGAUGUUUACUGGGAGAACAGCUAUGCAAUGGACGAACGAGAAGACUGUCAUGUAUGAAUUGACUGAGUUGAAAAAGACACCAAUCAUACCAGAAAAUAUGUCAGACAAGGGAAAAGUUUUCUUGAUGAAAUGCUUUUCUGCAAAUCCUAGGGAGCGGUGGACAGCGAAGAAGCUACUGGAGCAUCCUUUUAUUAUUGAUGAAAUUAUGUCUGAGAGUCAAGUGAUCCAAGAAAAAUCAUCUCUUUUGUUGCCAUCCAUGUGUUAUCCUGAGUUAGGUUUUGUUUGA